CCCUGGACAGCUCUGUGUCUGUGUCGCCCUUCCUCCGUUGGACCUGCUUCACUACUUUAAACAUGACCACCAAACUAUUCUGCUUCAUCUCCGUGCGCCGCAAUCUGUUUCUCAAAACGCCAUCCCAUUUUCGCUUUAAUUUCUCUAAUCUUGCAGAGAAUGAUGUUAGCAACAGCAACGCCCCUUCAGAAAAUCUCUUCGCACACUUCGUUACCACCAGAUUUAACAUAUCUUCAGCCGACGCCACAAAAAUGUUGAAAAAGAAGCCCUCAUUGGGGCGGCUCAAAACCCUGGAUAAGGUUGAACAGCUCGCGGACAUGCUCAACAGACACGGCUGCACCCAAGAUCAAAUUACAAACAUUAUCAGAUUGCAGCCAUCGCUAAUGAUGGUAAGUUUGGUAAGAUUGUUGGAGCCCAAGAUUCAAGUGCUAAUAGAUGUGGGCGUGGAGAGGGAAAAUAUAUCCAAAAUUGUAACCAAGUGCCCGAGUAUCUUGACAGCUAAGCUGGAGACCUUACGGUCUAAUCUUGAAUUUCUCAAGACUGUAUUCCCGACCAACGAUUUCCUGGUCAGAGCAAUUACGAGAAGUCCUUUUAUUAUUCGACUGAACUUGCAGAAUGUCUUGAAACCCUCGGUUGCCUAUUGGGAGGGUUUCGGUUUUCAAGGAAUAGAGUUCAUCAAGUUUUUGUUGAUAGAUCCUUGGGUUUUGAUGCGCAGUUCUCUGACGCCUGAGCAACUUGAUCUCAAUCGCAAGAUUGACAUUCAAAAGGAAAGCAAAAUGUACAAAUACGUUGUGAGCAUCGUGGCCAGGAGCCGUAUCGAAGUGUUAGAAGCUAAGAUAGUCAAUCUUCAGCUUUGCGGCCUCUCACCUGAAGAAGCCUGCGAAUUAAUUAGGGUUAACCCUUCAGUCCUCAACAAGUCGGAGGAAACCAUCAAGAAAAAGAUGGACUUUAUGCUCAACAACAUGGGACUCUCUGUAGACUUUGUGACAAAUCAUCCACGCAUGCUUACAAUGAGUUUGGACAAGGUAAUGAGGCCCAGGUUUUUGGUUUUGCAAAAUAUGAAAGCAAUGAAUGGAGUGGAGGAGGUUAAUCCUACUCGACUUUGUACUAUGCUGACGGUGACCGAGGCCAAGUUUGUUGCCCAGAUCAUAGAAAGGCACCCUCAAUCCACUGCCCUGUGGACUGUUCAUAAAAAUGCCAUUGCUGAUGUCUCAAAAAGCUCAAAGAUAAAGAGGAUUUCAGUUUCUUAGCAUUUUGACCUAUUUUAUUUGUUUUCACUGAGAGCAACGAUUGCAGAUUGAGUGUGAAGGUAUUUGUAAACUUUCAACAAAUAGAAGAUACAGAUGUUUUUUUUGGUUGGGUUAUCAUAUGUAACAGAUGUUUGUUUAGCUACUAUACUCA